CAAAAAUAUUAAAACUCUUCAUAGUGAUUCAAGCUUCUCUGAAACAAAGAUGAAGUUAUUUAUUUUGGCAGUUCUUGUUGCUCUUGCAUCAGCUAAUGAUGAAGUUGAUUGGUCACAAGUAAGACCAAUGCAUCAACUUCUUAACGACUAUGUUAGUGAAAAUAAAGCACCUGUACCAAGAGACAGGAGAAUUGUAAAUGGCCAACCAGCUGCACCUCAUCAAUUUCCCUAUCAGGUUGCACUUUUGAUGAACUCAGCAUCAGGAACUGGCUUAUGUGGUGGAUCAGUUAUCAGUCAAAAUGCAGUCCUUACAGCUGCUCACUGUACCGUUACUGGAGUCCUUAACUUCUUGAUUAUUGCUGGAGCUUAUAAUCGUAAUCUGCUUGAACCAAAUCAACAACGUCGCACUGUUCCACCAACUGAUUUCAUUCCACAUCCAAACUAUGGUCCACUUCGUUUAGUCAAUGAUAUUGCCGUCCUUAGAUUCACUCAAGCAUACACAUUCAAUGAAUUCGUUCAACCUGUUGUUAUGGCAAGUGACGAUAGUAAUAGACAUGUUGGUGCAAGUGUACAUGUUUCUGGUUUUGGACGUAUUAGUGAUAGCAAUCAGCUUACAUCAGAAGUUGUCUUAUUCACAGUUAAGACAGUCAUCACAAAUGCAGUUUGCGCUCAAUCAUUCCCACUUAUAGUUGUCGAUUCAACCAUUUGUGCCGUUGGAACACCAGAUAUUAAUAAUUCAGUCUGCAAUGGAGAUUCAGGUGGCCCACUUACUAUCCGUGAUGGAAGCUUGAACUCUAUUCAAGUUGGUGUUGUUUCAUUUGGAAGUCCACAAGGAUGCGAACGUGGAUUCCCUGACGGAUAUGCUCGUGUCUCAACAUUCUAUCCAUGGGUUCUUUCAGUUAUGCCAUAAAUUCUAUUGAUUUUGUGAAACAACGUAUCGUAGCCUGACAUAAGCUUAACAUCUGUUUUUUUGUAAAAUGAAAUAAAAUUGUUAUCAAUUUGCUUUAUC